AGUCUCUUCAUGAGAUCUGUUUUUAUCAGAAGUUAGAAAAUCUUAUAUUUCUCAAGAUCAUCUUUACUUAUCUUAUCUAUGAAAUCAAUAAGAGAAAUUAUCAAUUUCAGUAUUCUACUCUUAAUAUUAUUCAAGUGAUAGCAGAGUUCAUUCUGAUCACACUUUUUAAGUAUAAUAUUAAGAUAAUAACUCAUUACAGCUGUGUUAUUCUCACUGUAAGAAAUACACAGUUGAUAAUAAAUAUUAUAAAGACUCUGAAGAUAACACUCUCUGUUGAAUUUUUAACAAAUGAGCACUAUGUUAUAAUAUUAU